GUCUUCAUUGUUUGUCUGUGUAUCUAUAUGUCCUCAGUAUCACCUAUAACGGGUCGAUGGAGAGUCCAGUUCCUCUGUACCCCACUGACUGUCCCCCUCCUUACGAAUUAGUGAUGGGACAGAGAGCAGCUAGCCAGGCCACGGUGUUUGACAGCCAUGGGAACGAGCUGUCUGGAGAGAGGGCCACAUCCACUGCCUUCAGCGGAGAGGUCUCCAUGGACAGUGGUUCUCUGUUGAUGUCGGAGAUCAUUGACAUCCCAGAUGACUCCUCACCUUCAGAGGACUCCUGCCUCGUGGGGGUGAGGGCUAGGGGGGAGAGAGGGAGCACCGGGGGAGUGGAGGGGGGAGACGGGGGAGAAGGAGGGGAGUAUGUGAGCUUCCGUGGCCCCCCUCCCCAAGCCCCGGAGAGUCCCCUGGUAGAGAGUCCCCUGGUGGRCCCCAGGGCCAGGCGAUGCUACAGAGGAGAGAGGUCCAACUCCUGCUCCUCGUCUAGCACUGCUACAGCUACAUACAGGUCUCCAGUGUUGAGGCGACAGGCUAUGUUGGCCAGUAGUUGUUCCCAGUUGGAGCUGCUAGGGGGCGCCACCUCUCACCAGCGCUCCUCUAUCCUAGAGAAACGAGUCGGGCCUUGCACCCCUUUACGACGCGGUUCUGCCUCUGCCUCUGCAGCUCCUCCCACUUCCUCAUCCUCAGCUGUCAAUCAGCAGGGUGGUCAGGGCAACGGGGUGCCCCUCCCUCUACAGCCGUUGUACCUGCGUCGUCAGGGCGGAAGGAGCGAGAGGGGGGAUAGUGACGGUCUUCUGCCCCUAGUGAGGUCACACAGCGAGCCUGGUCUCAGCUCUUCUGCUGAUACUGUUGACUUCAGUGGUGGCUCAGUGGGCAGUAAAGGAGUGAGGGAGAACUCUCAGACCUCUACAGACACAGGUCCGUCCUCCGAGGCAUGCCUGCUGCCCCGCUCCUCUCUGGUGCCCCYCUCAGCCCUCCUCCCCAGGAAGGGCAGUGUGAAGGCAGCCACCAUGGGGCGCACCUUGCCCCUCUCCAAAGGCCCCGCCAACUCUCCCUUGCACCUGCCCAAAGAAUGCAACCGCUCUCUUGGGGACCUCAAGGUGACGAGGGGGUUGGUGGCUCGCUUCCUGCAGCGCUCCAAACGGAACCUGGCGUCCGCCGCAGAGCAUUCUGGGAACACGGGACAGGGUCAGAAAAGGAGAGGCGGAGUGGAGGGCAACGGGACAGGCCAUCUCCCUUUAGAGCAGGUGUUACGUAAACUCCUGGGGGGCCCAGCCAGGGAUCCACCCCCCACAUCCCUCAUCACCGUGGUCACCACCACUCCCAUAGCGACAGCCGCCACAACCGCCGUCAUAGCAACCAACCCCCUGUGACGGAGGGGAUCCACUUGCGCAGCUGCGGCGACUUAAGCUCCUCCUCCUCUGCGUCGCUAUGGCGAUUACUGACGGCCAACCCCCCUCACGGGUCAUCAGGGGCACUGUACACAGAGUCAGCCCUGUGAGAGGGGGAGGAGGGAGGAAAGAU